AAGAUCAGUUCAAUGGUAUCAAGUGUUUCAAAAUUGGAUACAACAAAAACGCAAUAUAAUUGAAUUGUAUACUCAUCUUGACAAACGUGCAAUGUUUCGUACGUUGGGAUGUACAAAUAUUACUCUAUAUAACAAUAACAUUUCUUAUGAUGAAUUUUGGACAAAUGCAACUAAUUCUGAAAAAGAUCGUGAAACAAUUACCAAUUUAUAUAUGGAAGGAUUUUUAAAAAUAUCUUUACGAGACUCAUUAAACAAAUCAGUUGAUACCUCUUAUGUAUUUUGGAAUUGCUUUCGUAAUAGUUAUAAUGCAAAUCCUAAAGGAAUAAAUGGAAAAAUAUGUAUGUUAUCAAUAAUUGGAGAAGAUUUUACAUAUAAAGAAAUAAUUGAAAAAUUAGAG